AUGGAAAUUAUCCCUUCUAUGCCAUUGGAGAUGCUCUGUCCUGACUUGCUCCCUGUGCAAAGUGAGCAGGUUAAUGCUGUGAACAUGGAAGGAGCUGAAGAGCAGGUGGCUGAAGAGGAUGGAGCAGAGGAGGAUGAAGCUGAUGAGGUGGUGAUAGGCGUCAUAGAUCAGGCAUGCGGAGCUGCUGAGAGCAUGGCUGAUCAGGUGGACGUUGAAGAGGCUGCAGAUUAG